AUGCCCCCAAAGAAAUCAAGGCAGUCAGACGCUGCCCGGCGAAAAUCGCGGCAAAGUGAUAUUCAGCCCGGUGAUCCAAUUCCUAGCCGUGGAAGACGACGUUAUCGACCGGGAACAGUAGCCCUGCGAGAGAUCCGAAAAUACCAAAGCGGUACCCAACUGCUCUUACGCCAGCUUCCUUUUUCUCGUCUCGUUCGUGAAAUCGCCGAGUCCGUGAGGCCCCGAGGCGAGGCUAUGCGUUGGCAAUCGCAAGCAAUUCAAGCACUCCAAGAAGCCGCCGAAGCUUUCCUAGUACACCUGUUCGAAGACACAAACCUAUGUGCCAUCCAUGCCAAGAGAGUUACCAUCAUGCAAAAAGAUAUACAGCUUGCUAGGCGAAUCCGCGGUGUGUGGGGAGGAUUGGGUUAG